CUCCUCGCCUCCCUCUAGGUGCCUACCGUAUGCCGGGCAUUCUCGCCGCGCUCCUUCUUUAAGUUAACGAACUGGCCGUCUAGUCGUGGUGGGAAAGGAAAAGUCGGAAGAGAAGAAGUCAAGGAAGAAUUCUGGGGGAUGGGGUUGCGUGACUAGACUACUUUUGUCUCCCAUGGGGUACAGCUGAGGCUUCCCUUGGCGUCAUUGUCGGUACGCUCGCAGAGCAUCGUGGGUAGGAGGGAGAUUCGGUCUCCCAGCUCGGAAAGAUGGCGGACGCUUUCGGGGAUGAGCUCUUCAGCGUGUUUGAGGACGACUCGGCCACCGCACCCGGAACUAAAAACGACAGAGAGAAGGAGAAGGGGAAAUGGAAAGGGCCGCCAGGGUCUGCAGAAAAGGGCGGGAAACGUUUUGAUGGUAAAUUACAAUCGGAGUCAACUAAUACUGCAAAAACCAAGAGAGAUGCAGAUUUUGAGGGCACAGAUGAACCCUUAUUUGGAAAGAAGCCUAGGGUGGAAGAAUCAAUAAAUGAAGAUUUAAGUUUGGCUGACUUGAUGCCCAGAGUCAAGGUACAAUCAGUUGAAACUGUUGAAGGGUGUACACAUGAGGUUGCACUUCCUGCAGAUGAAGAUUAUUUACCACUUAAACCUCGAGUUGGAAAAGCUGCAAAGGAAUACCCGUUCAUUCUUGAUGCUUUUCAAAGAGAAGCCAUUCAGUGUGUUGAUAAUAAUCAGUCUGUUUUAGUAUCUGCACAUACAUCAGCAGGAAAAACUGUAUGCGCUGAGUAUGCCAUUGCAUUGGCCUUAAGGGAAAAACAGCGUGUAAUAUUCACCAGCCCAAUUAAGGCUCUGAGUAACCAGAAAUACCGAGAAAUGUAUGAAGAGUUUCAAGAUGUUGGUUUGAUGACUGGAGAUGUUACUAUUAAUCCUACAGCAUCUUGUCUUGUUAUGACCACAGAGAUUUUGAGAAGUAUGCUGUACAGAGGUUCUGAAGUUAUGCGAGAAGUUGCUUGGGUCAUAUUUGAUGAAAUUCAUUACAUGAGAGAUUCAGAGCGUGGUGUUGUAUGGGAAGAAACUAUUAUUUUGCUUCCUGACAAUGUCCACUAUGUCUUUCUUUCGGCUACUAUUCCAAAUGCCCGACAGUUUGCUGAAUGGAUUUGCCAUUUGCAUAAACAGCCUUGUCAUGUAAUUUACACAGAUUAUCGGCCGACACCAUUGCAGCACUACAUUUUUCCAGCAGGGGGAGAUGGCCUGCACCUUGUGGUUGAUGAAAAUGGUGACUUCAGAGAAGAUAAUUUUAAUACUGCAAUGCAAGUACUUCGAGAUGCUGGUGAUUUGGCAAAAGGAGAUCAGAAGGGGCGAAAAGGAGGAACAAAAGGACCAUCAAAUGUGUUCAAGAUUGUGAAGAUGAUUAUGGAAAGAAAUUUUCAACCUGUAAUUAUUUUCAGCUUUAGUAAGAAGGAUUGUGAAGCCUAUGCACUUCAGAUGACCAAAUUAGAUUUUAACACAGAUGAAGAAAAGAAGAUGGUUGAAGAAGUAUUCAGUAAUGCCAUUGACUGCUUGUCUGAUGAAGAUAAAAAACUCCCUCAGGUCGAACAUGUACUUCCUCUUUUGAAGCGGGGAAUUGGUAUUCACCAUGGUGGCUUACUUCCUAUUUUGAAAGAAACUAUAGAAAUUCUCUUUUCUGAAGGAUUGAUAAAGGCCUUAUUUGCCACAGAGACUUUUGCCAUGGGAAUUAAUAUGCCAGCUAGAACUGUUUUAUUUACAAAUGCCCGAAAAUUUGAUGGGAAAGAUUUCCGAUGGAUUUCCUCUGGUGAAUACAUUCAGAUGUCUGGUCGAGCUGGAAGGAGGGGAAUGGAUGAUAGAGGAAUUGUGAUUCUUAUGGUGGAUGAAAAGAUGAGCCCAACGAUUGGAAAACAGCUACUUAAGGGCUCAGCUGAUCCUCUAAAUAGUGCUUUCCAUUUGACCUACAACAUGGUUUUGAACUUGCUACGUGUAGAAGAAAUUAAUCCUGAGUACAUGUUGGAAAAAUCCUUUUACCAGUUUCAACAUUAUAGAGCAAUUCCAGGAGUAGUAGAGAAGGUAAAGAACUCAGAAGAACAGUAUAAUAAAAUAGUAAUACCAAAUGAGGAAAGUGUUGUCAUCUAUUAUAAGAUUAGACAGCAGCUUGCCAAACUGGGUAAAGAAAUUGAAGAAUAUAUUCACAAACCAAAAUACUGCUUACCAUUUCUACAGCCAGGUCGUUUGGUAAAGGUAAAGAAUGAAGGAGAUGAUUUUGGCUGGGGAGUAGUGGUAAAUUUCUCCAAAAAGUCAAAUGUCAAGCCUAAUUCUGGUGAACUGGAUCCUUUAUAUGUAGUAGAAGUACUUCUGCGCUGUAGCAAAGAAAGUUUGAAAAAUUCAGCUACUGAGGCUGCAAAACCAGCUAAGCCUGAUGAGAAAGGAGAGAUGCAGGUUGUUCCAGUUUUGGUGCACCUCCUGUCUGCUAUCAGCAGUGUUAGGCUUUAUAUUCCUAAAGACCUUCGGCCAGUGGAUAAUAGACAGAGUGUUUUAAAGUCAAUACAGGAAGUUCAGAAACGUUUUCCUGAUGGUGUUCCCUUAUUAGAUCCUAUUGAUGAUAUGGGCAUUCAAGAUCAAGGGCUGAAAAAAGUCAUCCAGAAAGUAGAGGCUUUUGAACAUAGAAUGUAUUCUCAUCCACUUCACAAUGAUCCAAAUUUGGAAACAGUGUAUACUCUUUGUGAAAAAAAAGCACAGAUUGCAAUAGAUAUUAAAUCUGCAAAGCGAGAACUAAAGAAAGCAAGAACUGUCCUACAAAUGGAUGAGCUCAAAUGCCGCAAACGUGUUUUAAGGAGGUUGGGAUUUGCUACUUCUUCUGAUGUCAUAGAGAUGAAAGGACGAGUGGCUUGUGAGAUAAGCAGUGCUGAUGAACUCCUUCUAACUGAGAUGAUGUUUAAUGGCCUUUUCAAUGACCUGUCUGCAGAACAGGCAACGGCACUACUAAGCUGCUUCGUGUUUCAAGAGAAUUCAAGUGAGAUGCCCAAAUUAACUGAGCAGUUAGCAGGACCACUUCGUCAAAUGCAGGAAUGUGCUAAAAGAAUUGCAAAAGUUUCAGCAGAAGCCAAAUUGGAAAUUGAUGAGGAAACUUAUCUAAGCUCAUUCAAACCUCACUUAAUGGAUGUAGUGUAUACCUGGGCAACGGGAGCAACAUUUGCUCAUAUCUGCAAGAUGACAGAUGUCUUUGAAGGCAGCAUAAUUCGUUGUAUGAGGCGCCUGGAAGAACUGCUUAGACAGAUGUGUCAAGCAGCAAAAGCCAUUGGAAAUACUGAGCUGGAAAACAAAUUUGCAGAAGGAAUCACCAAAAUCAAGAGAGAUAUUGUAUUUGCUGCCAGCCUCUACUUGUAAAAAGAGCCAGUGAAAUGAAUGUGGGAUUUUAAAGUUUUCACCACCUGAUUACAGCUGACUACAUACAAAUGCUUACACAAGUAUUGAUUUGGUUCUUUCAUCUCAAGGCAGUCGUUCAAACAUUUUAAUACGUAUUUUUAAAUCAGGCAUCAUGCUAAGAAAGCAUACAUUACAUACACAUUUGUACAUAAGCAUUACAUUUUUUUAAUAAAAAAAUGUACAGGUGGGCAUUGUUUUAGUGAAAGGCUUAAAGUUUUUUAAAUGAAUUCAGAGCUAUUAGAUAACCACUGUGUUAAAGGGAACUAUAUACACACAGGUAAAGUGGGCAUCCAAGAGGUAUAGCAGCAGCAGUCCCUUAAAGGCUUGUACACCAUGAAGAAAACGCAUCCUCUUGCCUUCUGGUUGCAAUCAUUUUCCUUUAGAAAGCGGGCCAGCUUGAUCUGAGCACUCUGCUACCUUCAAGGUUGGUGAUUGUUCCUAUAGUGAUUGCUUGCGGUUGGUGUUUCAUGCAGAGUUGUAUGAGAGUCCUCCUCUUUCCUUUCUUUAAAAGGAGAAUUUCUCUCCCUGAAGAAAUCUGAUACAUACACUACCUAUAGAGAACAAAUUCUACUUAGAAUGGGACAAAAGUAUUUAAUGAUGUAAUUUAAUUUUAAAAACCAUAUACAUAGUAUAACAGUUUGCAAAAAAUAAAUAUAAACAAAAGGCGUAUGUUAAAGGGUACAGAAAAUUAGUGACCAACAGGAAGUUUUAAUGUUAAAGGAAAUUCUUCUAAAAUUUGGAGUUGCUUAGUUAGGUCUUAAGUACAGCUUUACUCUGUUAGCACUUAAGGUAUUCUUCAGUUCAUACAAAAAAAACCCAAAACGCCGUAGGCAUAGCCUUUUACAAAACUACAUGUAGUAGUAAGUUUUUAUAACUUUUAGGAAAAGCAGCAUAGUUUAUUACCUGCUGUCUAUCCUAACAUGACUUAGUAACAUCGGUGUUCUUAGUAAAAAUUACUAAGCCACAGUA